CUGUGUGUAUGCCUGUGUCUGUCUGUGUGCCUGUGUCUGUCUGUCUGUCCACCUGUAUAUCUGUCUGUCUGUCUUAAAGGGAGGAUGGCCCCAGUGAUGACACGCAGAGGGACUGUGAAUGCUGUGCUGCAGUUCCAGACACCAGCCACUGGGUCCUGGUGGAGCCUGAGGUCUCCACAGAGAAGAGCAUCUCAACCUACAGCUUGAGCUCUGCUGCAGGGAGCUAUGAGUGCUCAGAGUCCAGUCUACGCUGGUUGUGUGGUGGUCCGGUCACCCUGCAGUAUUGCUUCAUGGACUGGCAAAUCUUUGCUAAAGAGCUGGCACACAUGCAGUGCAGUCCAGCUGGUCCUCUGAUGGACAUCAAGCUCAUGUCAGGAGAGCUGGAGGAGAUCCACCUGCCUCAUUUCCUGUGUUUGGGGCAAGUCAGUGCCGCAGAUAAUCCUGUCAGACUACUCCAUGCACAGGACAGCGGAGUGUGUUUGGAAAAGUGUGAGGUGACGCGACACCAUGCCAGUCUUCUCCAGCCCUCCCUGUCUCUGCUGGGACCAGUGUACUACCUUCUGGAUCUGCUGUCUCCUAAAGCCCACUGUGAGAUGUUGCUGUUUUACGAAUGCACCCCUGCUAGCCUGAAGCUCCGCACCUACCUAGUGCCCAACGAUCAGGGAAACAUCGAUGCCAUUCAAAAGCAGGAGGAGAACUGGAAGGGCGAGAGGAUCAAGAAGAACAGCAGAGUGCGUCCACCCCUUCGCUUGAAAGACCCCUUCCGUGUGACGACGUCUUGUCCGUCCAAGAUCGACCCAAAGGAGAUAGAGCUGGUUUCAGACUCCAUUGGUAAUUUCUGUGCAGUUAGCAUAAAGCAUCCAGUGGAGAGCUUUGAUGUGGAGGUCAAACGUCCUCAAUACGAGGAUCCCAUGUGGACAAUCAGUGUGGAAAAGGAGGAUUACAGCCCACCCAGCACAAGCCCAGGGAUACUCAGCACCAGUGACACCGUAGCUGGCGUGGGCCGCAAAGCAAAUCAGGCAGUCCUGCAGGACACCAGAGAUGAAUUUCUCAAGAAGAACCGAGCUCGUCUCAUCCAAAAUGUGUCCAAUGUGAUGCCACUGGCAGAUGAGAUGCUGUCAAGAGACCUGAUCAAUGAAGAGCAGUACAGCAAGAUCAAAGCAGAGGCUACUGACCAAGACAAGAUGAGAUGCAUCUUUGAUGCCCUGCGUUCCUGUGGACCUCCAGAGAAGAGGUUGUUCUUCAACAUCCUCCAGGAUCUGCACCCUUCACUCCUGCAAGAGUUGGGAUGGCAUUGA